AUGCCCCGUCCGAAACCUCCCCCCCUGCUCCUCUUCCGUUGGCGCCGCGCCCGGCGCAGGAGAAGCCCAAGUGGGGCAGCAGCGGCGACGACUGGGGCCGGGGCGGCGGCAGCUCGGGCGGCGGGUCGUCGUGGAGCGGCGGCAGGGGCGAGCAGAGGCGGGACGACAGCGGGUGGAAGUCCGCCGACGACCGCGGGGGCGGCUCCAGCUUUUCGGGCUGGAAGGACCGCGGGGAGGUUAGGUGGCGGCUCCUGGGGCGGCGGAGGCGGCGGCUCCUGGAGCGACGGGGGCGGCUCCUGGAGCGGCCAAGGCAGCGGCGGCGGCGGAUCCUGGGACCGCGGGGGCGAGCGGCAGCCGACCGAGGCCGCCCCCCCGCAGGAGGAGCCGCCGCCAGCGCCGCAGGUGCAGCAGCUGCCGCAGGUGCAGCAGGCGCAGCAGGUGCAGCAGGUGCCCUGCGACCCGAGGGACAGGCUGAACAGAUACCCUUGGCCAGCGGAUGUGGCUGCGUGGCAGCAGAUGCAGGCGGUGCUCUUCGAGGGCCACCCGCCGCUGCCGCCCGGCUGGAUCCGGUGCUGGUCCAGGUCUACGGAUCAAGAGUACUACGUGCGGGUGGAAGACGUGAGGUCUGUCAGCACCAUCUCGGAGAUGCAGCAAGUCAUCGCCGUCGACGGGCGCUGA